AAUACGCGGGUUGUUAUCGCCGCUAUCGGCAGCAGUCGAUGACUAGCUCUGCAAGUGGUCGGACCGAGACCUGUCUUACUACGUCUUGCCAGGAUUGGUCAUUGGAGUGCCGCCGCAUCUCUCUCUCUCUACUGCGGGUCAUGGAGCGCCAAGGCGAGGCUAGGACUCCCUCCUUCUGGUGCCUGGUUUGCGUCGCCGCUGCCGAGCCCCAGUGCCUGCAGGAGCACGAGCUCAUCAACUCCAACCGAGUCAUAACGGAGCAGCUGGGUGUGUUGGCGCAGGCUGCCGCAGAGCUGAGGUUCUUAGAGGGCGAGUGGACGGGAGAGCAGACCACGCAGGCCCUCACCUUGCUGGCCCGAGAAGACUGGGACCUCACGCUGCGGAGCGGAGACCACGAAGUCAGGAUGGCCGUGCGAAACCGCGACGACGACCCCUUAAUCAAGGCCAUGUGGCUCGUGCUGGCGAAGAAGUCCGUUGCUAUCGAGGAACGAGCGAGGCAUGAACUUACACCGCCACCAGCCAACUCCAGCAGCACAAGGGCUACCCGCAACCAUCAGCGCGCCAACGGCACUGCCACCACCGGCACGGCCUCGAGCACGGCCUCCUCCAGGACGGCCUCCUCCAGCGCGGGGCGCGGCCCUGCUGGCGCCGCCAGCGGCCCACCAGGAGCACGAUCGCGUACGACACGACCGACCGGAUUGGUCGUGUUCGUGAGACCGGAAAGAGGAGACAGGGCCAAUCAGGUUGAAAGAGAUAACGUCUUAAGGAGAGCAAGAGGGGAACGACGAAUGGAUGUUCGUUGGUGUCGCAAGAACAUGGACUGGACCGGCGCGCUGCUGAGGGCGGUCGAGCCCACGGUGGAGGAGCUGAGCCUGCACUGCCCGAGCGAUGACCAUGUGCGCGCGGUGCAGGCGAUGCCGCUGCUGCAGAGGCUGAGCAUACGGUGCGACGCCUACUCCAGGAUCAUCCUGGUGCCCGAAACCCCGCGCGGCCACGCGGGCCUGCGGUGGCUCAGCGUGUGGCGGCUGCCCCGGCCGACGCUGCGCUCGCUGCUCUCGGCACACGCGCGCACGCUGGAGACGCUGUGGCUGUUCGUGGGCACGCGGGGCCCGGCGACCGCCCGGUGGCCGUUCGCCUGCCCGGACGUCCACGUGCUGCUCGACGAGUGCAGGCUGCUCGCGCUGAGGAGGCUCGUCCUGGCGCGGAACACCGAGGCCUCCACCCCACACGGCGACCACAUCCACCACAGCGCGUCCGCCUGCGCACAGCAGCGCGCCGCCGUGCGCGCCGUGCUCAUGCAGACCGAGGUCGAGGUGCUGUGCGACGUGUGUGAUCAUGUCAGGCUGGAGGAGUUCUAGCAGGCGUACCCGGUAUCCACAUCCACAUCGUGCGGGUAGAGCCGCCCUGCGGCAGUCGCCUGCCCACUGUCCUCGCGUGAGCUUGAAUCUUCGGCGGGGACGACGGUGGAGACAGAAGACUGCCGGGCUAGGCCUCGGACAUCCGUUCAGCCACCCCGAAGUAUUUUGUAUUUUUUUCUCGAACAUAAAUUGAAGACAUCUAUA